UUCCCACUGCGCACGCGCACUGCUUAACGGCCGCUCAGGAGCCCAACAAUUAGUCCCUUGCCUUCUCAAAGGAAACUCUUAGUUCGAAGAAUGGGUCGUGAGCCCUCUCCUUAGCCAAAGGCGGUUCCCUGCGGGCGACAGCGGCUCUCUCGCUCACUCUCUCGGGCGGACGCCGGCGCUUCUCCGGAAUGAGGUUCUGGCGGUGGCGCCAAGCAGCGUACGCAGCCUGAGUCACGCUCCGUUCGCCACACAGACCCAGAGGACUUUAGUCCUCCGGCAGGUCCCCCGGGGUAAACUGCUCGUCGCUUACCCGCUCCGGUUCCGGAAUACUGCUGUCGCCACCGUUCCUGUAAUUCUCUCCAACCUUUCGAUGCUUCUACUUCUUCGUGAACAAGACAAGAUGGCGCCCGGUGGGUCUCACCCGGAAGUGAAUGAUAAUAACAUCCGCUUUUCGGCUGAAGUCACAUUGAUUCUCAGCCAGGCUUACGAACAUGUGAUCUUACCGACGGGACGAGUCCGCGCCAUUUUUGUUGAGGGCAAACCCAACCCACCUCGAGUUGGACCCUCUUGUGUGGGAAGCCCGUGUCAUACCCGACACAUUUUCAUUUGUACAGCCAGCACAAAGCUGAACCUAACGUUCCGGUACAAUGGACGGUAUUUAGUAAACUUUAGGCAGGAGACCCUCGAAGAGCAAAUGCGUUCUAAGAAUCAGUUCCGCUUUGGGAAGGAUGCUGAAUCGCUUUACCUCUUUCAGACUACGGAGGGGCCCGCAAGUCAAACCCUGCCAACUUGGAACUCACUGUGCCAGGCCCGAGUCGCAGAGCCUGAGUUCUAGAAGCAGGGUGUUUGCUAGGUCUCCUUGUUCACCUCCUAGCAUCGCGCCCCCUUGUGGGAACAUUUACUCAGUUCAACUUCGCUCAGCUACUCUUUAAGGAAAAGUAACUGGGAAGCAGUUUCCACUGGUCCUUCCCUACCUCAACUCCAAGAUGGCCUCCCGAAAGGAGGUAAAAGGUGUUUAGCGUGAACAAUGUUCAUAUACCUAAAAUGUCAGCUUUUCAGACUAGGAGUUUAAUUACAAAAGGAAUAAAAAAUGCUAAGAAGCACAGCAUUCUUAACCUAAAUAUUGGAAAAUGACUUUCUAGAAAUGUCAGUGUAACUAAAAAGAGUUAUGAAGGAGAAUUCCAGGAAAAAGUCUGUCUGAAAAGAUUGAUUGGAGCUUCAGUGAUGUGGAAAGGUUGGAAUUUUACAAGUUCAGAGGCUAAUUAUCCAAUCUGGGCCUAGCUUUACCCACAAAUAGCCAGUCUUUGCCAACCUCCCCAUAUUAGAGCUAAAUCCUGUGACUAAUAGAUUAAAAACCUUUUAG